AUGAAUGACUCUUGUUCCUUUUUCUUCACCGUAUCAAAUCAAAUUCCAAUUCAUUCAUUCAUUACCAUUAAAUGCAUUUUUCUUCUUUUUCUUUCCCAUUAUUAUUAUUAUUCUCCCAAAAAAACACAUUCCCUUUUGCACCACAAUCCUUAUCACAUCACAUUCACUUUUCUCUUACACCAUCAUCUUCCUCUGUUUUUUAAACUCUUUCAGAAACCCAUUUUCAUCAGCAACAAAAAAACCCUAAAUUUGAACAAAAUCCUAAAUGGGUUUCGGAAUUUCCUACGUUCUUCACCUUAUUGUGCUGUUUUCUCUUAUGUUUUUUUGUGCUUGGUCUCAAGAUGAUGGUGCUGUGAUGCAAAAGCUGAAAACUUCACUAUCAAAAAAUAAUCUUGAUUGGUCAAACAAUGAUUAUUGCAAAUGGGCGGGAGUUAAUUGCAAUGGAAUGAAUAGGGUUACUUCAAUAAAACUUAACAGUUCAACUGUUCAAGGUUCUUUACCAGAAGAAUUGGCGAAACUCAGUGAGUUAACUAAUUUUGAUUUCAGGGGAAAUAGUUUAUCUGGAAAUGUUCCUUACAUGCCAAAUUCACUUCAGUAUUUGCAUAUUAACAAUAACAAUUUCACUUCCAUGCCAAAUGAUUUCUUCAAUAACCUCACUAAUUUGAUAGAGGUAGGAAUUGAUUCUAACCCUUUUUCUCAAUGGCAAAUUCCUUCUAGUCUUAAGAAUUGUUUAGCCCUACAAUCUUUUUCUGCUGUCAAUGUUAGUUUUGUUGGUCAAAUUCCUGAAUUCUUUGGUGAACAAACUUUUCCAAGCUUGACUUUUUUGAGUCUAAGUUUCAAUUAUCUUGAAGGUAAUUUGCCUAAUACUUUAUCUGGUAGUUCAAUACAGAAGCUUUGGGUGAAUGGUCAAAAGAGUAAUAAUAAACUCAAUGGUACACUUUCUGUUUUACAAAAUAUGACUUCAUUGCAACAAAUUUGGGUUCAUGGCAAUUUGUUUACUGGUCCUAUACCUGAUUUUUCAAAUCUCGAUCAAUUGUUUGAUGUUAGUUUGAGGGAUAAUAAGUUAACCGGUGUUGUUCCACCGUCUUUAACUUCCCUUCAGAGUUUGAAAGUUGUGAAUUUGACAAACAAUGAUCUUCAAGGUUCACCUCCUAAGUUUCAAGACGGUGUUCAGGUUGAUAUGGAUUUGGUUAGAGGGACUAAUAGCUUUUGCACCAAGGUUGUUGGUCAACCAUGUAGUCCACUUGUUAAUGCUUUGCUUUCUGUUGCUGAAGCUUUUGGUUAUCCUUUUAAACUUGCUGACAGUUGGCAAGGUAAUAGCCCUUGUAAUGGCAGUGUUGUUUGGGUAGGGAUUACUUGUUCUCGUGGUAAUAUUUCUGUUAUUAACUUUCAAAACAUGGGUUUUUCUGGCAGUAUAUCUCCUAGUUUUGCAAGUCUUAGUUCUGUGACAGAGUUGCUUCUUGCUAACAAUAAUCUCACCGGAACUAUACCUAAAGAACUUGCUAGUAUGCCGGCUUUGAAAUUGCUAGAUGUUUCCAAUAAUUCAUUGUAUGGUCAGAUACCGUCGUUUCGUGCAGGUGUGGUUGUUAAAACCAAUGGGAAUCCUGAUAUCGGAAAGGAUAAACCUCACGGGUCGCCCAGCUCUAGUUCUGGAGGGGAGGAUAAGAAGAAACUUGGUGUUGGAACUAUUGUUGGUAUUGUGAUGGGGAUUGUUGGCUUACUUUGUGUAGGGGUUUUGGUAUUUGUUAUGUAUGGUAGAAGACAUAAUAAGCGCUACAACAAUGUUCAAACUCCAAAUGCAAUAGUGGUACAUCCUCGUCAUUCUGGAGAUGGAAAUGCUGUGAAGAUAAGUGUUGCAGCAUCUGGAAGUGCUGGUGUUGUAGGAGGGACUGGUGAUUUUAGUCCAUCGAGUAGUGUUCAAAAUGUGGAAGCUGGUAAUAUGGUCAUAUCGAUUCAAGUUUUGAGAGAAGUUACAGAUAAUUUUAGUGAAAAGAACAUAUUGGGGAAGGGAGGUUUCGGCACUGUAUACAAAGGAGAAUUGGCCGAUGGAACGAAAAUUGCAGUUAAAAGGAUGCAAACUGAAAUGGUUGGUGACAAAGGGCUGAAUGAGUUCAAAUCUGAAAUUGCAGUUCUUACUAAGGUUCGACAUAGGCAUUUGGUCGGACUUCUCGGCUAUUGCUUGGAAGACAAUGAGAAACUUCUUGUCUAUGAAUACAUGCCUCAGGGGACUCUUAGUCAACAUCUGUUUGACUGGAAAGAUGAUGGGUCAAAACCGCUCGAAUGGAAGAGAAGGCUCUCCAUUGCUUUAGAUGUUGCUAGAGGUGUUGAAUAUCUUCAUGGUUUGGCACAUCAAAUUUUCAUCCACAGGGAUCUGAAACCAUCAAAUAUCUUGCUUGGGGAUGAUAUGCGCGCUAAAGUAUCCGACUUUGGGUUGGUUCGACUUGCUCCAGAAGGACAAGCCUCAUUCCAGACUAGAAUUGCUGGAACUUUUGGAUAUCUAGCACCGGAGUAUGCAGUAACCGGAAGAGUCACCACAAAGGUUGACGUAUACAGCUUCGGUGUGAUUCUUAUGGAGAUGAUAACCGGAAGGAGAGCACUCGACAACAGCCAACCAGAGGAGAACAUCCACCUUGUUACAUGGUUCCGCAGGAUGCUAUUGAGCAAUAACUCGUUCGAAAAGAUCAUUGAUCCGACAAUGGAUAUCGAUGAGGAAGGCUUGAAGAGUUUCAAGACUAUUGCAGGAUUGGCCGGCAACUGUUGUGUUAGAGAGCCUAAUCAACGUCCUGACAUGGGACACGUAGUGAACGUACUAGCACCUCUUGUCGAGGUUUGGAAGCCGGCUGAACUUGAUGCCGAUGACAUGUAUGGGAUUGACCUUGAUAUGAAUUUGCCUGAAGCACUAAGUAGGUGGAAGAAUCUUGAAGGAAUGAGCAACACACUCGAUGUUUCGUAUUCCUCCUCGAUGGUUGAUAGUUGUGAGAAUACACAGUCAAGUAUACCGCCUCGGGCUCCUGGAUUUGCUCAUUCCUUUACAUCUACUGAUGCGCGAUGAUGUUUAAUACCCUUUGUAUUAUUUUAUUUUUGUAGAAAGAAGUUUAGGCGAGUUUGGUAUCAGGGCUCACUAGGGCCAAGACAGUCCUCAAGGAUCAAAGAGCUUUUAUUAUCCAGCAAAGAGGCCCUCGCCAGAGAGGUCCUUUGCUUUAUGUAUGGAAUGAGAUUCUUGUAAGUCUCAUUUAAUAAUAAAACAAUAGGGAGCCAAAACAAUACAAUGAAAAGAGGGUAUCCUAAUAUUCUUUGUAGGAGUUUGUUAAUGUAAAGCAAUGGGAUUUAUCACUUUGGUGUCUUAAAUUCACUUAGCAGGUGGAUUUAUGAUUUCAAGAUUUUUGGUAUUACAUGAAAGGUUAAAUAAAUUUAUAAUAUUCUGUAAUUUUAUAAAAAAAUUAUUAGAAAUGUUAAAAAAGAAUUAAAGCCAAGAGGAUAUGGGACGGUUGUAAAUUGACAUGUUUGUUUAAACAGAGUUAUGCUAUUCCUUUUAUGCACUA